AUGUGGAUUAAGCUGACGUUCCUGGCGCUGGUGGCGUUCGCCUCCAGCGGAUCGGCCGAACAGGCCCGAUUCGACAACUACCGCGUGUACGAGGUGUCCAUCGAGACCGACCGCCAGCUGCAGGCAUUGCAGCACCUCGAGCUCAAUCCCGAUGGCUACAGCUUCUGGGAGUCACCGGUGCAGACCAACAUGCGCCUCAGCAUGGUUGUGCCGCCGCACAAGUUCGCGCACUUUGAGGAGAUUAUGACCGCUCUGGAGAUGAAGACGCGCUUGCAGAUCGAGGAUUUCCAGAAAGUGAUCGAUAAUGAGCGACCGGCACGAAGGGCCCGGGCCACCCUGGACUGGACCGAUUACUACACCGUCGAGGAAAUCUACGCCUGGAUGGAUCAGAUCGUCGCCCAGAAUCCGACCAUCCUUUCCGGAACGGUGUACGGUAAGUCGUUCGAGGGACGUGACCUGAAGGCCAUCAAGCUGUCGCAAAAGGCCGGCAAUCCCGGUAUCUUCAUCGAGGCCAACAUUCACGCUCGCGAAUGGAUUUCGUCCGCCACGGCUACGUGGCUGUUGAACGAGCUGCUGACGUCCAGCAAUCCUGCCGUGCAGGAUCUGGCUCAGAACUACGAUUGGUACUUCAUCAUGAUCGCCAACCCGGAUGGUUUGGCUUACACCAAGACGACCAACCGUCAAUGGCGCAAGACCCGUCAACCGGUGAAUGAUCUCUGCGUCGGUACCGAUCCCAACCGCAACUUUGACUACUUCUGGAUGAAUGGUGGCGCUUCUUCCGUGCCCUGCUCGGACACCUUCGCUGGCUUGGCGCCAUUCUCCGAGCCUGAAACGAAAGCCAUGGCUGACUACUACGCAACCAUCGCCAACAACCUCAACAUCCAGUUCUCGUUCCACUCGUACGGCCAGUACCUGCUGACACCGUUCGGAUACUCUGGAGCUCCGCUCCCGUCGAACAAUGCUGAUCUGCAGCAGAUCGCCGCUGUUACGGCUGCAGCCAUCCAGGCUACCUACGGUACCCGGUACACCUACGGCAACAGUGCUAGCGUGUUGUACACCACUUCCGGUAGCACGGUCGACUACUUCGUCGGAGUUCACGGAACGCGUCUGGGCUACACCUUCGAGUUCCGCGACACCGGAGCGACUGGAUUCGUGCUCCCGGCCAACCAGAUCAUCCCCAACGGUCAGGAAACGCUGAACGGAAUCAUUGCCUUUGUCGCCGAAGCCAAGUCGCUGGGAUACGUGUAA